AUGGUUAACGAAAUGUCUACUGAGUGUGAAGUUGGGCAGAAUUAUUCCAAUGGACAUAUUAUUCUAUUUCAAGGAAAUUCAAAAAAAGUUGGUUGUGGUGUGUAUCAUGAAUUUCAUAGUCUUGAAGAAGUUUUUGAGAAAUUUAUGGAAGAUUAUAAAAAUUUUGGUGAUUUACCACCUCCAAAAAAAGGUAGAAAUUAUUCUAAAGUUAAUGUUCGUAACAUUUUAAAAUAUGUCGGAAAAAUGCAUAAUACAUGUUUAAUGACAUAUUCUGAAGAACAUAACAAGUAUAAAACUAUGGAUAAAAAAUGGAUAUUGUGUAAAUUUUAUAUUUAUCUUAGAAAUUAUAUUACAAGUCAAGAUCAUGAAAAAAUAGAAGAACGAUUUAAGAAUUUAAAACCAUUAAUUAAUUUUGAUUAA